AUGAGGAUGGAGGGUGUCGAUUUCUCUUCGUGUCAUGAAUCAACAGCCAAUAAUCAAAAACGACAAAUCGCAGAGGAUGGUGCCAACAAUGCGCAAACCAACAAAAGGCUGUGCAUGUCACCAGAAUUUCCACAAGCAAGCGCUGCAACCUCAGAAGUCAUCCCGCCCAAUUUCCCUCAAAGCAUCCCGGAAUUCUGGUCAAUCGAUAGCAACUCGAUGAAUUAUGGAAUGCUUGAUGAUCACCUAACACUACAAACGAAUAGUUGGGAUUCUUCUGUUAUAAAUUGGAAUCAAGGCAACGGCAUAGCACAAGAUGCACAUGAAACGCCGUCGUGGUACGAUGGAUACGACAUUGGGGCAUUCUUCCCUCCCGUACCUCAAUUGACAAGUGAAGAAAAUUCAGGCCUCACUCCCAGCACUUUCGACUUUGGCAGCGCGGAAUCUCCUUCCUGUCUCCUUCAGAGUACAAACUAUGAUGGCUUGGACCACCUAUUUGGCGCAAGUCAGCUAGCUUUCUCCGAGUCCUGGGAUGCAGCAGCAUUCGGGCCAUUUCCUGGCGCAGACAUUGCGGACUCAGCCAGCUUGAAAACCUUGGAUCCAACAACGAUGGGGCCUUUUGAGGACCACGAGUCCAAGCCAUCCAUCCAAGUUUGGGAAGGCAGCCCUGAAUGUGCAUCGGAUCAACAGCCGCCCGAUACAAUUCCUGAUCACUCUGCGUCGAACAUUGCUACAUCUACCGCCACCUCUCCGUCUGAUCGAGACAUUGAUUCUGCUCAAGCGGCUGUCGCAGUGGUUGAAAGUAAUAAGGAAACUCCCACGAAGCUGGGUAGUCGAAUCGACGAUUGUGAUACUUGUUUUGGAGUUAUCGUUAUUACCUCGAUUUCUUCCCUGCCCGAUGCUGAGAUUACAAAAACCUCAGAAGUUGACAUCAUCCCUUUUGGAAACAUUUUGAAAUUUUCUUUCAAAGAUUCUGGAGCUUAUGCUGGCAUGCUAUCCCAGACGGUCCUGCGCAAGCUCUCGAGCGAUUUUACAAUCUGCUAUCGAGGAAUCUUGAUCCAACCUGGUGCCUCACCUAAGAAAACGGCCAGCAAAAAGAAUGGAUCUUACUCCUCCGACUGCGAACUACGAUUAGUCGUAUUUGGUUUGGCCGCGGACAAAAUUGCAGUUGGACGUGCCUUGUCAGAUUCGGAUUUGUUUCUGCAGCCACCAUACGAAUCAGAGUGCCCCAGUCAUCUUGAUUAUCACAAUCCGCAUUACCUAUUGCGACCAGGAUCGGAGAUGCCAAGAUUAGAAAAAUUGACUUUUGAGACAAGCGGUACUGAAAAACAAAGCAACUUGACUGAAUUGGCGAUGGGCCGACUACAGCAAAUCUUUGAUUCGAGUGAUAUAGACAAAAGUACUUUGGGGAUUAAUGUGGAACCCAGCAAUCGAUUGAGAACACCAUUGUUGAGACAUCAACAAACCGCGAUGGCAAUGAUGAUUGACAGAGAGCAAGGCGGCGCGAAUGAAACCAGAUUUCCCUCACUUUGGAUACCAGUCACCGACGAAGCAUGCCUUGGAAAAUACCGUCACAUUAUCACUGGCGAGAGACGGGACAAUCCAUGUCCGAUACGUGGUGGUGUUCUUGCAGACGACAUGGGGCUCGGCAAAACAUUGACUACCUUGGGGCUCAUAUGCUCGUCCCUCGAUGCCAUAGUUCAAGACACUCCGGCUUCAGAGGCAGCAAGGUACACCUCUACCUUGAUAAUCACUCCCAAGUCCACCCUUCCAGGAUGGGAAAAGCAAAUCGCCGAUCAUAUCCAUACUGGUUGCCUCAAGUCAACGCGCUACUAUGGUUCUAGCCGAAAACAAUUGCGAUCCAUCCCGGUGCAUCAUGAUGUUGUCAUCACCACCUAUGAGACAUUGAGAUCUGAUUACGAGAAUCAAGGGCCUUUGUUCACCCAUAAAUGGCUUCGCGUUAUUUUAGAUGAAGCUCAUCACAUCCGCAACCGCACGACCAAGAAUUUCCAAGCAGUUUGUGCAUUAAAGUCAUUUUACCGUUGGUGCAUCACUGGCACACCUAUUCAUAACUCCUUGGACGACUAUGGUGCUCUGCUCACCUUUCUUGGUGUAGACCCUUUCCAAGAAAAGUCUUCAUUUGGUUUUUGGAUAGUUUCUCCUUUCACCCAGCAGGGGCCACGCCACGUGGAAAAAAUCAAAAGUCUGGUAAAUGCAACGUGCAUACGAAGGACCAAGCUUUCAUCAUCUGUGUCGCUUACGCUUCCCGAGGUCAUCGAAAAGAUUGAGUACACUCCGCUUUCUGGUACAGACCAGUUGUUGUACGAAUUCUUCAAGAAGAUGACUGCCGAAAUUGCUGCGAAGGUUCAUCAUGGGUCAAAGACUUCCCUGGAAUCGAAGGGGUCAAAAGGGACAAAUAUAUUGGCAUUGAUGAGCUCGCUACGGUUAAUCUGCAAUCAUGGAAAGGAUCUAUUGCCUGAUACCGCCCUCAAGAUGUGGAGUUCUCGGGAAGACCGGCAGCUAGAUGCCAGCCUUGUCUUGAGAAAUCAAGAUUACUGUGAAGAGUGCGGAGACAUGCUCGAAUGCGCACUGAACACAAACACUGAAUCCACCAACCCGAAGAUUCGAACUACUCGCCUGGCAUGUCCGACCUGUCGCCAAUCUGAAGAAGACGAUGUGAUUGAAUCACAGGAUUCAGACCGAUCCAUUAAAUCGCAGGGAAUUUCUCUACGAAAUGCUUCGUCGUUGCAGAUUGAGAAGGGGGGUACAAGACCCUCUGUGAAAGUAGCUGCACUCAUCAGAAACAUCCGUGAAGAACAGUCAAGCGCAAUUUCGGGAAAACCGCACAAAAGCGUCGUAUUCAGCUGCUGGAGCAAGAUGCUGGAUUUAUUGGAGGCAGCCUUUGUUACCGAAGGCAUUUCAUUUCGAAGAAUUGACGGCCAGACAAGUCUAGACGCUAGAGGCGAAGCCCUGAAACAGUUCAAUGAGUCACUGAAAUGCACCGUUAUGCUUGCAACAACUGGCAGCUGUGGUGAGGGUAUAAACCUGGCAGCCGCAACGAACGUUCACCUCAUGGAGCCUAACUGGAAUCCCAUGAUGGAAGCUCAAGCGGUGGACAGAGUUCAUCGCAUAGGGCAAACUCAGAUUGUGACGAUCAUCCGUUAUAUCGUUCCAAGGUCUAUCGAGAUGUAUAUCAGAGAAAUUCAAAUGGAAAAACUACAUUUAAUCAGCCAUGCCAUCAAUAAUUCUGCCUCGGGAGACUUUACAGACCUGAAAAUUGAGCGGUGGAAAAAGUUCCAGGCUUGCUUGCAAGACGCGCCGAAAACAUGA